UCGUAGCGAAACCCCGCAGCUCCCACGCCCGAAACAUCUCCUCUUACCGAAUAUACCCCUGCUUAUUUCCCAAAUUACCCCUGAUCUCCAUCCGCAUCCCCAUUCGCAUUAAACUCUCUGCUGACUCGUGGCCCAGGAUUUCAGUCCAAGACGACGUAGGGUAGCUCCGUCUUUUACUUCGUCAGCCCAGACCCCGCAUUCAAAUUUCUGCCGCCUCCGUUAUAAUUUCCACAUUCUCGAAUCCGACCAUAAAUAGAUCGGCGGAGGAGUGCGGUAACCGGCGGCCGUGACCAGACCGCGGAGGUUCUCCGGGAUCGGCGAUAUGAUAAUGGAUGAGGAAAUGGAGGAGCCCUCCAGAGGGGAUUUUUUUAGUUUGGAGAUCGAUCUCGAUUACGAGUUCGAUGCUGUUCGAUACUUCGAUUUCAGUAGAGAGGAGUCGUUUGCUGAAGCUUGGGAGGCUCAGCUGUGGUUCGAGACCGCCGGGAGUUAUCCCCCUUCUCCUUUUAUAGCGAGGUUGAAUAUUGGUGAAGAAUUCCUUAUGGGAAUAAAUACCCUUCCAAACUUCAAAGAUUCAGAAAGUUCUGAUUAUCUUCAUGUUCAGUCAAAUACUGAUAAUGGUGCCAAAUUCUCUGAACCUGAUGAAACUACUGAAGAUGUCCCUAGAGAGGAUAAGAAAUUUAUGAAGGGCACUUUCUCUAGAGGCUCAACAUUGAUGAAACCAACUGCAAGUCAUCUGGCCAAGCAAAACCAUCUUCGCGAAGUAAAAUGUUAUCACCUUGUGCACAGGUUCCCAAAACCAGGUAUACAAAAGCGUGUGGUAAUCAUUGAGGAUUCAUCUGAGAUUGGGGGUCAUUCUUCCAAACGACAGAAGCUUGAGGGAGGUCAUCUGCGGAAGGUUGCUCAUCUGAAAGAACCGGCAGAUUUGUUGCACAAGGCCCCCCAAAAAAAGAGUGUGCCUAUUGAUUUUAAUCCUCAUAACUCAAGAUUAAGAAUCACAAUUCCAAGAGAACCUGAACUAGAGACGGCGCAAAGGGCACAAAGACAGAGGGUUCAAAGGUUAAGGAAUGAUGAUGUAAAGCAACCACCGGAAGCGAAAGCAACAACUAUACCAAUAUUCAGAGCACGCCCUUUAAACAGAAAAAUUCUUGAGGCUCCUUCUCAAAAGAAAACACCUCGGUUGCCUGCGUUUCAAGCUGGCGUUCAGAAAAAAAGAAGUGUUGAGCAGAAAUCAGAAGGACAUGGCAGUGCACAGACAAAGUUCAAAGCCCAACCUUUAAAUAAGAAGAUUUUAUCAAGCAAAGGUGAUGUUGGUAUCUUCCGAAGUAGCAAAAGGGAAACAACGAAACCCAUGGAAUUCAGCUUUUCAACAAGCAAAAGAUGUCAUCAGGAUCCACCAACUGAGCUUUUCAACAAGCUCUCUUUAAACACUGGGAUGCAUCAGUCUUCAGCAUCAUACACUAUGUCGCUAUGUAAUUCCCAUGGAGUUAAUAAGGAUUUGAAAGAGAACAUAAAUUCUACUAUCCAACAAGGGCACAAGGAUUUCAAAGAGAACAUAAAUUCUACUCUCCUACAAGGCCAUAAGGAUGUUCAUGUGAAGGAAGAGCUCACUAGGCAUGGAAUCAAGGACAUUGUGUCUAGGGCUUCCACUCUUCCUGAUAAUAGAUCAAAAUUGAAUAAGCAGAGGAAUUACCGGGAAAGUUUGGGUAUCCGGUGAUGAGAUUGAGUUAAAAGUAUGCCUUAACAAAUCAAUUCUUCAUAAUGUCCUGAAAGAGCCUCAUGCAAUCCUGAAAGAUACUCCUGAACUUUGCUAGUGGUUUUCCUGAAUUUUACCUCUGCGUAAUAUAGCAGGGUGUUCAGAAUUUUGAUUCCCUUUUCGACCUGAUGAGAGGUGGUGGUGCUUCUUGUAAUGGAGCUUGUAAAUGUCAACCAGCUGAAUAAGCUGAAGUAGUGAACUCAGUAACAGUUGUGGAAGUGUAACUGGUGAAAGCUUGUACAUGUACCAUUGUCAUAGUCUCAAAGAAUUGAAGUUUUUACAAUCUUAUAGAAACACAGUUUUUAUGUUC